AAAAAAAACAACCUUUUUUCUUCAAUGUUCAUUCUCUCUUUCUCUCUCAACCCUAAAAAUUUCCAAAAUUGUAUCUUUCUCACCGUUCGGAAAUUUUCUCUUUAAAAGACUUUUACCCAAUUUAACCCUUUUGAUCUUGGAAGCUUCUUUUAUCUUUUGACAAUUUUUUUGCUUUUUUUGUUUAUCUAAAUCUUCCAAUCAAGGUACGAGUUUUCCCCUAAAGAAUCAUUAAGUUUUGGUUCAAGCAGAUUAGAAUGGAUCAGCAAGGACAUGGACAGCCCCCAGCUAUGGGGAUCAUGGGUAGCGGAGCUCAAGUGCCGUACGGCACUAACCCCUAUCAAAACCAAGUGACUGGGGCCCCAAAUCCAGGGCCAGUUGUAACAUCAGUGGGAGGUAUUCAAUCCACCAGUCAGCCAACAGGAGCUCAACUUGCACAGCACCAACUUGCUUAUCAGCAAAUCCAUCAUCAGCAGCAACAGCAACUUCAGCAACAACUCCAGGCAUUUUGGGCAAAUCAGUAUCAAGAAAUUGAGAAAGUUACUGAUUUCAAGAACCAUAGCCUUCCCUUAGCCAGGAUCAAGAAGAUCAUGAAAGCUGAUGAAGAUGUGAGGAUGAUAUCAGCUGAGGCUCCCGUCAUUUUUGCCCGGGCAUGUGAAAUGUUCAUCUUAGAAUUGACAUUGCGAUCAUGGAAUCACACAGAAGAGAAUAAAAGGAGGACACUUCAGAAAAAUGAUAUUGCAGCAGCAAUUACCAGGACUGACAUAUUUGAUUUCUUAGUUGACAUAGUUCCAAGGGAGGAUUUGAAAGAUGAAGUUCUUGCAUCGAUUCCAAGAGGAACAAUGCCUGUUGGGGGGCCUGCUGAUGCGCUGUCUUAUUACAUGCCUGCACAGCAUGCACCUCAGGUUGGGACUCCGGGAAUGAUUAUGGGGAAACCUGUGGUGGACCCUGCUAUCUAUGCUCAGCAGUCUCAUCCAUACAUGGCGCAGCAGAUGUGGCCACCAGGUCCUGAGCAACAGCAGUCAUCCUCUGAUCAUUAGCAGCUCAAUGAUAGAAGGUAAGAAGGCAAGAAGGCAAGUUGAUACUCUUAAUGUGAAUUAAAAACUGGAAGCCUAGCAAGUAGAAGGAUAAAUUGAUAUGUGACGGAGAAUAACAGUGGUAUAAUUGCUCCAGUUGCAGUUUCAUUCCUUGAGAACUUUAAUUUCUUGUAUUCUUAUCUUUGCUUGCUUUCUGAAUUGGUUACAGACUAGUUCCUUGACACAUCUUGAGAAUGUUCAACGGAACGGAAUAAGGAGGCUUCUCUUGGUGAAAAGCCUUGGUCAAGAUUCUAGCUGAAGAUCAGACUUUUUACAAAUACUGUGCUGGAAGAAUGACUGAUCAUGAUUGAACAAUUUACUUUUCCUUUCUAUGCACCCUUUCCUUUUUCAAUCUUGUUUAUCUCGUUUCUAGUUGGAAUGAUUACUUAGAGACGUAAAAAAGGAAUUAUGUAUAAAUUUCAUUAUGAAGCACUGUUUCCUUCCAUAUCUAGUUUCAAAUAGUCAUUUCUAUUCCUAUCAUCAUUAUGCUUGCUUUAUUUAUGAUCGACUGCUAUGAUAAAAGGAUUAGAUAGACAUAAGAGUGAACUUACAACCUAUGGAGUAGGUUCUUCUGGUUUCUUGAAAAAGCCUUAGGAAAAGUUUAUGCUUCCACAUGGCCUUUGCAAUGUGCAAUCAUCUGUUGAGCCGUUUGAUGGAACUUGGUGCCAUCCUACGGUUCCAGCUCAUCUGCAUGAUGCUUGAGAGAUCCAGCUUAACUAAUUUUUUCUUGAGAAGCUUGUAGGAAAUGAUCUUUAUAGUUCGUACUCAAUUUAUAUUCCUGAAAGGUCUGGACCCGUUUCUACUGGAGGUAUUGCAGUUACAGAUGUGCAUGGGGACAGUCAAUGGCAACUAAUCUAUUUAAUUUUAAACUCUAAAAGGACAGUCAUCCGGGCUAAUCAAAACGGUCGUGCCUGAAUAUCUGUCCAGACCAAUGAUUAAUAUAUUCCGAGUAGAGGUGUGAUGGGGGUAUUUUACAUGCUGUGUGAGUAGGGCCAGCUUGAGGGAAUGGCUUGAGGGGAUGGCUGUUUCUGUUUGAAAUAAUAAUCCAAAGAAGUAGUUUUACAUAAACGUGGUAAGAGACCCACCUUGCUGAAGGGCUCCAUAAUCAGCAAGUGCAAUAAAACCAAAACAGGGCGAUGGAUCAAUAACAAACCAAAACC